UCCAAAUGGAAAUGCCACAAAUGCCAAAUUGCUUGCUGCCCAGUAGGAAAAUGUGUGUAAAUGACUGCGUGGACUAAAUUUUCUUUUUUUAAAGUGUUUUUAUAAUAUUUACAUUGGAUUUAUCGUAGUUUUUAAAGAAUUUAGAAUUAUGUAAUCACAAAACAAUAAAAAUAUUAAGAGAUUUUCCUGACUUGAGCUUCACCUCACGGAUAGAUAAGAUGCUACCUCUUACCCACAAGGAUGCUUCACGUUCAAUAGGCUACAAAGUGAAAGAAAAAGUGCAAGGAUGGAUGAGACUCAUAUUUUCAGAUAGAAAUUCAAGGAACCUAUUUUUAUUUCUCAUAUUAAAUUUAUCGUUUGCCUUUGUGGAACUGUGUUAUGGCGUGUGGACAAAUAGUUUAGGUUUAAUAUCAGACUCGUUUCAUAUGUUUUUUGACUGCACAGGGUUAUUAGCUGGUCUUGCAGCAUCUGUUAUAACUAAAUGGAAAGCCAACGACAAGUACUCAUACGGUUAUGUCAGGGCAGAAGUGUUAGCUGGAUUCGUGAAUGGCUUGUUUCUCCUUUUCAUUGCGUUUUUCAUAAUGUCAGAAGCGGUAGAGCGAGCAAUAGAACCACCCGAGGUGAAACACGAGAGGUUGUUUGUGGUUUCAGUGCUAGGUCUUCUUGUAAAUUUGGUGGGGAUCUACGCCUUCCAACACGGGCAUGGCCACUCGCAUGGAGGAGGUUCACACGGACACUCUCAUGGAAGCUCGAGUCAUGGCCACUCGCACGGUAGCCACUCUGUGCUCCUGGGGAACUCACACGGACACGAACACUCACAUGAGCUGAGUAGCGGAAACUCCCAGAUCAUGAAAGGAGUGUUCCUCCAUAUUUUGGCCGACACUCUCGGCAGUGUGGGGGUUAUCGUAUCUGCAGUUCUCAUGCAGAUGUUCGGCUGGAUGAUCGCUGACCCAAUUUGUUCCAUGUUCAUCGCCAUCCUGAUAGCUAUAAGUGUGUUAGCACUCAUCAAGGAGUCUGUACAGAUCCUGAUGCAGAGACAGCCUCCAGCACUGGACCACGUGUUGCCACAAUGCUACCAGAAGGUGAUGCAGUUGGCUGGAGUCUACAGUAUUCAAGAGCCACACUUUUGGACUCUCUGCAGUGAAGUGUAUGUUGGCGCUCUAAAGCUGGAGGUUUCCAAGGCAGCUGAUCCAAAGCAUGUGGUUAGCCACACUCACAUGAUCUUUGCAGCGGCUGGGGUUCGUCAACUUUAUGUCCAACUCGACUAUUCUCCCAUGUGAUCUUCCAAGCCAAACCUGACGUCACCACCACAGUGUCCGGAAUGUAUGCACAAGCUUCUCCAUAGGAAAGCCUCCAAGUAUUUGUGUACUACUCUGGUCAAAUCUUUCUUCAACAACAACAGUAAAUCUUGUAACCUUCAAGAUAUUUAAGUACAGUGUUUAUGUAUAAAAACGCUACACAUUUCUGUAGCAGUUUAAGUGUGUGACACAUUUAACAUUAAAUUGUAUAUGGGUUAUGUUCAGAUUUUAAACAGUAUGCUAAAAUGUGGAUUAACUGUGAUAGAAAAUGUUACAAAUAUUUCAACUCAUUAUGCUGCAUCAUUCCUAUUAACUAUAAGCAUUUCUGGUAGUGAAGCUAAUUAGUAUAAUGGUUCUACUGCUAACUUUUCAAUAAAGAAUUACUAGUAUA